GUGCGACUGGGUAUGAGGCCAACAACAUGGAGGUGCAAUGGCGUCUGCCAUGGUAUGGCACGCCGAGCGGCGAUCCGAGCCAGGAAGGGAGGGUAUUCGUGAAGCCGGGGGUUGAAUGUAAUACGCUCUGUGAUGAUUGGUAUCUCGGCAAGGACGGGUGCAAGGCUGUGCAGGAGAAGAAGUGGUGUAUGUAGGUGAGACUGUCGGUAGUCUUGAAGUAGACCCUGGGUAUAAGUGGGACGCAUUUGGAGCUACCUUCCGGGGGUACGUGCCGUUGGUCAAGGAACGAUCCAAUAGCUUCAGGGAAUCACUCAAUGCACGCUGCAUUACUGACAAUUCGAUAUCGAUGAAGAGUGUAUCGUCUUCUAUUACUGUACUCCGUUCAUUUCUAGGUCUAGGUAUUCGGGUGGGUAAUCAUUUGACUCGUGCUAAUCGAUACUUCUUUAGCUCCUUGUCCCAUCUUAUCAACUCGUUCUUGCCAACGAUCACAAUCGCUGCCGGUUUAUGUACGAGUCUCACGCGUUUGAAGCAAGUCAUAUCAUAUCCAUCCAGACUUUUCC